UGUUCAUCUUUUCUAUGAAGGAAGUGGGGUAGAAUGCACGCAUGUUCUUCGCCUGUGGUAAUGGUAAUUGAAGGAUAAUCCAGACUUUUCAGGCCAAGAAACAAAACCUGGAGUGUUCAGCGAGAAGCAUUUCCAAGUUGAUCUCCCUCAUUAGUUUCCCUCUCCAAGAACUCAAAAGAGUACCCAACCAAAUGCGGUUCUUGCAUACUUUUCUUCUCCUGGUUGUGGGUUUUGCCACUGUGACUGUGGUGUACUGCGCGAGCUUUCUCCCUCUGGAGAGGACUUUCCCCUUGAACCGCCCAGUCGAGAUCGACAGACUUAAAACUCGAGACCUAGUCAGGCACGCCCGACUCUUGCAGAGAGUGUCUGUUGGCGGUAUUGUCGACUUCCCUGUUGAAGGUUCCUCCGAUCCCUUCCAAGCCGGGCUUUACUUUACGAAAGUGAAACUGGGCUCUCCUCCCAGAGAGUUCAAUGUGCAGAUUGAUACCGGAAGUGAUGUAUUGUGGGUUAACUGCAAUUCCUGCAGUGACUGUCCACAAUCAAGUGCACUUGGGAUUCAGCUUAAUUUCUUUGAUGCUGCUAGCUCGUCUACUGCUGGCUUGGUUGCUUGUUCAGAUCCAAUUUGCACUUCAGCAGUUCAAACCACAGCAACUGAGUGUUCUUCUCAGAAUAAUCAGUGCGGUUAUGCUUUUAAAUAUGGAGAUGGAAGUGGGACUUCGGGUUUUUAUAUCUCUGAUACCUUUCGUUUUGACGCUAUUUUGGGGGAUUCUUUAAUUUCUAAUGCUUCGGCGCUUAUUGUUUUUGGUUGUAGCACCUAUCAAUCUGGAGACUUGACUAAAACAGAUAAAGCAGUUGAUGGGAUUUUUGGCUUUGGCCAAGGGGAUCUGUCAGUUAUCUCUCAAUUGUCAUCUCGAGGAAUAACACCAAGAGUGUUCUCCCAUUGCUUGAAAGGAGAGGGCAAUGGAGGGGGUAUACUGGUUCUUGGUGAGAUUUUGGAGCCUGGGCUUGUUUAUAGCCCGCUUGUCCCUUCCCAGCCACAUUAUAACUUAAAUCUGCAGAGCAUUGCUGUCAACGGCCAGUUGCUUCCCAUUGACCCAGCAGUUUUUGCGACAGAAAAUAACCGGGGAACUAUUGUUGACUCUGGUACAACAUUGGCAUACCUUGUGGAAGAAGCUUAUGAUCCGUUUGUCAGUGCUGUAACUAGCACUGUUUCACAGUUAGCAACUCCCACCAUUUCCAAUGGAGACCACUGUUACCUAGUCCCCACCAGCAUAUCCGACAUAUUUCCUCCAGUCAUUUUAAAUUUUGCUGGUGGUGCAUCCAUGGUGUUAAAGCCAGAAGAGUACCUUACACACCGUGGAUCCUACGAUGGCGCUGCGAUGUGGUGCAUGGGGUUUGAGAAAUCUCAGGGAGGAAUAACAAUAUUAGGAGAUCUUGUUCUAAAAGAUAAGAUUAUUGUUUACGAUCUGGCUCGUCAACGAGUUGGCUGGGCUAGUUAUGACUGUUCAUUAGCUGUAAAUGUCUCCAUGACUUCUGGUAAAGAUCAGUUUGUCAAUGCAGGACAGCUGAGCAUGAGCAUUUCAUCAAGAGAGAUGGUCUUUCAGCUGCUACCUCUGAGGAUUAUGACACUCCUAGUGCACACAUUUGUGUUUACGAUCUGCGAAUUCUUGUAAUUCAAAAAUACAUAUCGGUAUGGCCCAUUUUCCAUUUUUUGAUAUUGGAGAGGCAUACAGCUUCAUUCAGGUUGUCGUAAAGUUACUGCUUCAGUGUCAUAUAAUUCUUGCUGGUCCUGAUUGCCAGCGCACAAGACAUCUUUCUCUAACUGCAAAUUCUGCUUAGCAUCUCCAGAAGUGUAAAAAUUAUUUGUGGUCCUAGGUGAUUGUUGUACCAUUACAUCGUCGUAGAGUUAGAAAUGUAGAUGAUACUGAUGUUCAACCUGCAGGUCAAUUUUGUGAACUUUCUUUGGGUAUUAUUUGUGGACCUUUUGGAUCACAACUCACAAGAUGUAUCUUAAUAGAUGCUUUCUACUUUCCGUUCUA